AUGAUCCCUUCUUAUUCUUUCAUAAUAUUUAGAUUAAGUUAAAUUAAUAUCUUAAAAUCUUCAUCAUUCCUUCUGAAUUUAUCAUUGGUAUUCCUGUAUUCCUAUACCUAUCACAUUCGAAUUGAAAUAACAAAUCCUAGUUUGUUUCUAUUAAAAUAAUUUCAAAAAUUUUAUUAAAGAUUUAAAAUCAUGGGAAAACAACCAACCUAAGGUUAAAAGAAAACCAAGGAUUAGAUUUCUAAGGCAGCCUCCCAAAGAAGUAAUUAAACUAAGAAGAAAUGGACUAAGGGAAGAGCAAAGGAUAAAUUAAACAAUGCCGUGUUUUUGGACAAUACAUCCUACAAAUAAAUUGAGACCCAAUUACCAAAAAUGGGUGCAUUGAUCACAGUCUCUACAGUAUCAGAUAAAUUCAAAGUUAAUGGUUCAUUGGCAAGAAGAUGCAUUAGACAUUUCGCAAAAUCAGGUUUGUUGGUACCAGCCGGAGAUUAAAACUCUAAAUAAUACAUCUUCACUGUAAAUGCUCAAGUUGUCGCCGCCUAAAAAGCUGCCGCUGCUGCUGCCGCCGCUGACAAGCCAUAAGCCUAAAAGAAAGCUCCAGCCCCCAAGAAAUAAUGAGGUUAUAAUUUAAGUACAUUACAACAAAUAUAUAUAAUUUUGCAUGAGCAUUCAA